UGUAAUUCAGCAUUUGUGAGUUUGUAGGCCUGACUGUUCUGCUGCAGUGUUCCAGUUUACAAAUGGAGCCAAAGUCACAGAUUACUCACAUUUAUAACCAUGUGUCAUCCUUUCAUGAUUUUAUGUGGGUAUAGUUAAAAUUUUGUUAACAAGGUAUUGCAUUGUUCUACCAAUCUGUUUUAACUUCAAUAUUCAACAUAAUUUGAAAAAAUACAAACAAAAGACCUUACUGUUGGAGGAGCUAAUGGAAGAGCUUUAUAUGUCAAUGAAUCAUGUGGUGUCAUUGUUAACAUUUUAAGGUCCAUUAAGUGUGCGAAGGGUUAGCACUCCAUCCAGGGUGUCCCCCACCUUGUGCCCAGAGUCCCCUGGGAUAGGCUCCAGUCUUCCCGCAACCCUGUGUAGGAAAAGCGGUACAGAAAAUGGAUUUAUAACUGAAAAGGGGCAUUUCACUGUAAAAUUCUAGGAACAGUCCCACUGAAACUGUUGCUACAGUUGAAUUCAUGACAUCAUCAGCAGACAUGGCAAAUAAUACAUUUUCAUCUUCUGAGUAAAAUUUGAAAGCUCAACAGAUGAAGAUAAAAAAGGAAGAAGGUAUCCAGAUUCACCGGGCGCACCUUUAAUGCGAAUGUACAAAUCACAGGGAAUGUACAAAUGUUCGGGAUCUAAUUCCAUUUGCAGAGAAAAACAAAACAAAUUAUUAUGACCAUAUUGUGUCUGAAAUGUCACUUUCUCAAUAUUAAUGUCUUCUUUUUAAAAAAAAAAAAAAAAAAAAAACUUGUAUAAAAGCAAUCUCACACUCACAAUCAUAAUAUUGGCACACGGCCGAAUCAAGGCUGUGCCGAUAUUCAGUAUGAACACACUCUUUCUUGUGCAAUGUUGCUUAAUUAUCUAGUACAUUAGUUAUCACUAAGAAAAAAACGUUACAAAUAACUUUUUUAGCAUUAAUAAAUAAGCAGUAUUAACAAAGUACAUUUGCACAUGUAUUCAUUGACAUGUUAACAAAAUAAACCUUCAUAUUGACUGUUUGACUGUUCAAUCCACAAUUAAAUACGGCCAAAAGUAUGUGGAGACGUGACCAUCACACCCAUAUGUGUUCCUUCUCCAAACUGUUGCCACAAGGUUGGAAGCACACAAUUGUAUAGAAUGUCUUUGUAUGCUGAAGCAUUACAAUUUCCCAUUACUGGAAUUAAGAGGCCCAAACUAGUUCCAGCAUAACAAUGCCCGUGUGCACAAAGCGAGAUCUGUGAACACACGAUUUGCCAAGUCUCUAGUGGAAGAACUUGAGUGACCUGCACAGAACCCUGACCUCAACCUCACUGAACACCUUUGGGAUGUGCCCCAGGCUCGUUCACUCAACAUCAGUGCCUGACCUCAUUAAUGCUCUUGUGGCUGAAUGAAAAAAAAUAAAAUUACCACAGGCAUGCUCCAAAAUCUAGUGGAAAUCCUUCCCAGAAGAGUGCUGGUUAUUAUAACAGCAAAGGGGGAAUCUGUGAUCUGUACUGUGAUGUUCAAAAAGCACAUAUGGGUGUGAUGGUCAGGUGUCUGUAUAGUCCAUAUAGUUUGCAACAAAUAAUUUGCAGCAUGUUUUUAAAUGUUGAUAACUAACUGAACUGGUCUCGAAGUAUACAUACUGAAAUUUGCUUCAUCCUCACUUCUGAAAUUUGUCAGUUAACAAACCAUAAACAUGUUAAUUAAGGUGUUCAUUUUGAUUGAUGUGACAAACAUUGGUGUUUAUUUGUUUUUUUAAAUAAAAUUGCCAUAUUACCAAGUGUGGUACACACCAUUAUGAUGUGUUUAUACUGAAGUUCAUGGAUUGUUCAUGUUAAGUAACGUGCUAAAUUAUGCCAGCUAUUGAACCCUUAAUGUAAAGCAUUACCAAGUUGCUUUUUGCAAAAUAAAAAUGACAAAUGAAUCGCAGUUGUAAGAAUCAGAUGUGCUCCCAUCAUCCUUAUAUAUCGCUUUGUUCUCAUUUUCUGCACCUUGGCCCAUAGCCAUUCAGUGUCUUGCCUGGCUUUAUGUGUGUUUGAGAAUGGUUCAGGUAUUUGUCACCCAGCUGAGGAAAGGAUGGAUCGUGGACCAGCCUGAUGAGGUCUCAGCAGCGCUGCAUGGCUCUCUCUCAGCACUGUGGGUCCAAUAUUGUUUGUGAGGUUGGAGAAUGCUGUGAAGAAGUCAGACAUACACGGAGCUCUGUGUUCUCACACAGCCCAAAACGGUAAGCCUGUGUGGGGAGAGAGGCCGGUUUCAGUGGGAAUUAAACCCCAGAAUGAAUCCAGAGCAGGAAGGCCCAUUGGCCAUGGGAGGCUCCAGGGUGAAGGUGUGGGCUGUGUCUCUAGGCUUAGUGCUCUUGCUGUGUGUGCUCCACUCCAAUGCCCAGGAAGACUACUCCAGCGGUAACAAUUCAGGUGAAGACCAUACAUAUGAUGGUUCUCAAGUAAAUGGAUAUGAAGGCGAGUCUGGAGACCCACAGCCUGGCGUCACCAUGAUCACAGAGGAGACCUACCCUUAUGCCAGCACCACUGAGUCAUACGACUAUGCCAAAGAGGUGACCACUUUGACAACCCAUGUCCCGUAUGGAGAGGAUGCUGAUCUGGGGGAGGAAGGACCCACUGAGUGUGACUGUGAACCAGGCGAGCCUGGGUUUGCUGGCUUUCCUGGUCCCAAGGGAUCUGUAGGCCCAAAAGGAAAACAGGGAUUCCCUGGUGCUCAAGGCAGAGAGGGUUACAAAGGAACCAAAGGAGUUCGAGGUCAAGGAGGAGAUCCGGGACCUGACGGUGAUCCUGGACCUGAUGGAGAGGAUGGUGCAUCUGGUUUCUCUGGUGCAACGGGUUUACCUGGCCUUCCUGGAGACCCAGGUGAGAGAGGAGAGCCUGGAUUAAAGGGUGAUGUUGGGAUGGAAGGUCCUAUUGGAGGAGUUGGGCUUCCAGGAGAGAUUGGCCCAGCUGGUCCAAUUGGCCUACCAGGAACUGUAGGAGGUAAAGGUGUUAAGGGAUCAACAGGAAAACCUGGGAAGCAGGGGCCCCAGGGACGACAGGGACCAAAGGGUCAGACUGGAGCACCUGGUUUUCCUGGCGAUGUUGGGGAACGGGGUUACACUGGUUAUCCUGGAAUAGCAGGAGACAGGGGAGUGCUAGGACCAAAGGGUGAUGAAGGAAUUAGUGGCAUGCCAGGAAGAGAUGGAGAGUCUGGAGACGAUGGUCCACUAGGAGUUCCAGGAAUUGAAGGGCCACAAGGGUCAUUUGGUGCAAAGGGUUUGAAAGGGGAACCUGGACAGAGGGGACCUCCCGGGAGAGUAGGGGCUAGGGGCCCACAAGGGGAAAGCGGCGAUUCAGGGAUUCCAGGAAAGCCAGGUCCAAAAGGCCUGAAAGGUCCAGCUGGUGCCAAAGGGGAAACUGGAGAAGAUGGCAUUAAGGGUGAAGGCGGAAGAAAAGGCAUAAAGGGUGUUAAGGGAGAAAAGGGAAGUUCAGGCUCCCGGGGUGACAAAGGGCAGCAAGGAGAGAAAGGCUAUGUCGGACCUGUUGGACCUGUUGGUCGAGUGGGACCUCCAGGUGUCCCUGGCCCCAGAGGUGACACUGGUCCUGUUGGGGACAUGGGUGUGAAAGGACGCAGUGGACCAAAAGGAAACACAGGUGAAAUUGGUCCUAGUCUGACGGAUGAGCAAGUACUGCAGCUGUGUCGAGGUGUGGUCACUGCCCAGAUCUCCCAGUAUGCCUCCUCUAUUCAAGCUAAGUGUUCACAAGGCUGUCCUAUUAAUAACCACACCCUAAUUGGACCACCCGGAUCCCAAGGGCCUCCUGGGAAUACAGGCAGAAGAGGAAGAGCUGGCAAAGCUGGAGCUAAAGGAGCCAAAGGGCCUCGAGGUGUAACAGGUGUAGAAGGACAGAAAGGAGCACAGGGUGACAGAGGAACAAAAGGUCAAAAAGGACAGCAAGGUGACCCUGGCCAAGGACUUCCUGGGCAAGAUGGUCACCAAGGCCUCAGAGGGUUUCCAGGUUAUCCAGGAGUGCCUAGGAAUGGACUUGAGGGACCUCAAGGGCCUCAUGGGUUCCCAGGUCCUGUGGGUCAGCCAGGUAUGGCUGGUAGUCCAGGUGUACCAGGAGUGUGUGAGGCACGGGACUGUAGCAUUUAUGCACCUGUUGUACGCAAAGAGCAAGGACUAGUAAAGGGCCCUCAAAGUUCUGGGAUUUAAGCACAAACAAGGAUGCUUAGCAUUUGGCCUGCUCCACAAGAGUAACGUAACCAAGUGGCGGUCCAGCGCACAUUUUGGAAGACUUAACUGGAGAGAAAAAGCUGAGCAAAACCUCCUUGAGAACUUUACCGUUUUCAUUUUAACAAUCUGUCUCUGCAUUUUCUCUAAAGGAUAGACAGACGUGUGACUGAAUAAAUGCAUUUAAGUGUAUAAACUCAGAACGGUAAAAACGCCUUGUGCCUUAUUAUGUGUGGGAUAAGUCUGAUGAUGUUUUCAGUAUCAGAGAUGCUGUGGUUCCACUGCAAAUAAAGAAGACAUGUAAAUAAUAUUGUAAUACAUCUUAUGUACAUGUACUGUUUUCCUAAAUACCAUUGUUCAAGAUAAACAUGUGACUUUUUCCAAAUUUAGUCCUGACUUAUUUAGUAACCAUGUGAAUGUGAGAAAUAAGAACACCUAAAGAUCAACAAAAGAGCAAAGUAAGAUAAGAUUUAUUUGUGCAUAAUUUUUUUUAUUUCAUUUUGUAUAAUUACACACACACACACACACACACACACCCACACACACACACAAACAGACACACACAUAUUAAUAUAAUGUUUUUUAUUUAUUUAUUUCAAAAUUACAUGAAUGC